CUGUCAAAAAGCGUCAUUACAUUAUUUAGUCAUUAUACCGCGCUGCAGUGUAUUUAUUUAUUUUCUCAUUUAUUUUAAUAUAAUUUAGCGUCAGUUUUCUAUUCCAUGUUGCUCCCGUAAUGGGAGCUAAAUCGCCUGUGAAGCUGAAGCUUAGGCGUCCGAUGUUCAAGUGUAAUAUUUGCCAUCGAAAGUUGUUGAGCGCACAAGCUCUUAAAACACACCAAUAUUCAAUUCACAAGUUCGAACAUUCCACUUCUCCUUCCAGAGCACGAGUUAGAAGCGUUAUGAAAGCUAAAACUUUGCCUAAAAAAGUGCCAGCUACUGUUUCUAAAGCAACUAAUCCAAUAAGCAAAACUCGAUCGUCAAUGCAUGACAAUGAUUCUGGUGAGGACGCGAGGCUCGCCCCAGAAAAAGUGUCCGAUUUGAGGAGAAUACAGUUCGAAUGUCCAAAAUGCAAUUGUGUGUUCCCCGCUUAUUUCUCAGCAUUCAAACAUAUACAAAAAAAUCAUUGUAUGAACAGUAGAGGGCUAAAAGUUGAAGCCAGCUCCCCAGACCUGAUAAAGCCGUUGCGAGUCGAGGUGUGUGUCAAAUGCAAUAACCGUGUCCGUGCCAAUGACAUGCAUUUGUGCUCCGAGAUUGGGGUGAUCUCUGAGGGGCUUUUUGUGGACUAUUUGUGCAUGGGCUGCAAGCAGAAGUUUGCCAGUAUGCAGCUCUUUGACUUGCAUGUCUCCGGAUUACAUUCUGAUGGUGUCGAGAGCUUGUUCUUUCCUAACAUGCACGAAUUUCUCACAUGGAAAACACAGAUGCAAAGUAGUACAAAGACAAAUUACCUUAUCUUUGGCAAGUGUAACCUGAAACAGACUUUCCGUUGCACAUAUUUACCCCCCGCAGAGACCACAGGUGGCGAGGUGAAUGCUAUGAGCACUUCACACAUCUGUCCUGCAGGCAUCAUCAUCCAAGAGUUCACGAAAGGAAUCCAAGUGCAUUUCUACAAAACACAUCAUGGCCACACAUGUCCAGAAUAUGUCUGCCCUGAAAAGUAUAAGAAAUAUCUAAUAACUACACUAAUGCAAAAGAAAAACACUGAAUCAUUUGAUGUGGAUUAUAACGAGAAAGACAUAUACUGUCAGUUCAAAGUGUUACUCGAAAGUAUUAUAAUUGAAGCGGCUAAAGUAAAAGUUGACGAUUUGAAGCUACUGAUAGAGAAAGCUCUGGAAAUGACGUCAAUUUUGAAUAAUUAUGAUGAAGAUGAUGAUACAUACUCGCACGUCAAUAGUAAUAGUUUGUGUGAAGAACAAAUUGUAAAAGCAUUGGACAGUUUAAGAAGUAACAAAAGGAAAUCAACUAAUCCAAAUGAUAUUAUUGAUCUGAAAAGGAAGAAACAGGUAGACUCUACGCCAAGAAUUGUUAAUUCUUUCUCAAUGGCUAACAGUGAUGUUGAGAAAAAAGAAGUUGCAGUGAAGAAGAAAGAAGCUCCUGCGAAGAAGCAGGAAGCUGCACCGAAGAAGCAAGAAGCAAAAGAAGAUAACAAGAAAGAUGUGAACGUUGCUUCACCACGGGUGUUGCGGAACACUCAGAUACAAUCGCCGACUUUUAACGAUACUUACAAAGAUUUUGUAGAUAAAAAUUUUAAGCCACCUGAUAAUGGGAACACUAACGCCGCUACUCCUGUGGGUGGCAGGAACAGACCUUCAAUUAAACAGAGUACUUUAGCAACAACAACACCACCAGACAAUGAAAAAGGCAUAAGACUUAGGCCGUUAAGCAAAUUAGUAGAUUCUAAACAGAUUGAAGAAGAACUGGCCAAAGAUGACAAUGUGCCAGCUCCUAGACUGAAAAAUGGUACAGAAUCAAAAGAAGCGAAAAGUAUGAAGAAUUCUCCAGGUAUUUUAAGAAAAAUUGCACCAAAAGAAAAUAAAGGGCCAGAUUUAGCUACAGUCAUUGAAAAAGAUGCCAAAGCUACAGAAACGCAAAAACAUUUUACACCCAAAACUAAGCCUAAAAAGCAAGUGAUGAAAACUAAAAUUGGCCAAUUCAAACCUAACUCUUCACCGAAAAGUAGCCCUUCACCAAAGAAGUCUGAAGUGAAUCUAAACAGAAGCAUUGGGAAGAUGAAACCGGACGUAGAGUAUGAAGUGAUGGAACAAGAGAACGAUUGUAAUAUAUUGAUUUUGAAGAUAUAAGUGUGGACUUUGUGUGGCACUUAUAUUGAUUGACCUAAGAAUAUUGUAGAAGUUUUAGUAUCCAUUUGUGUCUUAAUUUUUUUUUCAAUCUUGCAUAACCUUGAUUUAUUGAUAAACCAUAGACACAAAAUUGAAAUAAAACUAAUGCCUGAUUGGAGUUGGUUUCUUUCAAAGAGUUCAAAAAUGUGUCAAAAUUUUUAUUGAAAAUGAACUUAAGCCCCCCUAGUGGCGAGUUACGGAAAAUUAGGGUGAAAAAAUAAUUUGGCCGACGUUAAGCCCCAUUACCUUUAUGACAAACUUAUUGUACACUAUAUAUAUAUAAUACAUACAGGGUUGUUUGUAAAACAUCAUCUACUUCGCAGUACUAGAACGCUGUAAUCAUAAACACAAUGUUCCAUGAGUUUUGACAGAAAAUACGUAUAAAUGACAUUUUAUUGUCCUGUCUUGACAAUCAUAGCUCAUACCGUUUUUUCCUUUUUAGGCAAAAUUCUUAAAGCGGUUGUUAACAUUGAAUGGGAAAAUUAAUUAUUUUUGUAUGACAGUAAAACAUAACGAACCAUAGUAAUUCAUAGACUUUGGUCUUUAUGAUAUUAUGUCUAGUCUGUAAGCUUGCUUCUGUUUUGUAAGCAGCCCUGUACCUAUAUUAAAAUAGAUAUGUAUGUAUGUAUAUUAGUUUAUUUCUACUUUGGAUUUCAUUCCUUUGUGUUGCUUUCAUGGAAUUAGUAGGUACCCCAUACAAAGUACUAUAUAUACUAAUAUAACAUAGUAGGUAUGCUUUAAUUUUUUUAAUGAAGAUGGUUGAUUUUCGUGUAAGUUUUGUUUUGUGGUUAUCUCAUCAUGUUGUCAAUUUGAAUGUAUUUUAUUUAAGUAAUAUGUGUCUAGAUUGUAAUACACAUAAGACCGUUACGUCAAGUUUUAUCUCAGAAGAUUGUACACUGUUGAAAAUUCUUUAAAUAUAAAAAGAAAAUAUUUUUCUGUAGUUCAUAAUCAUCAUGUUCGUAAAACAAAAAAGUGACAUAGAAAAAGCCGAAAUUUCACUGUAGCUUAGUGUAAAUACAGUAUAUAAAUAAAUAUAUUUCAGCAGUGUC